AUGAUCCCUUUCUACCUCUGCUUAGUCCUCGUGUGUAUCCAAGCACUGUUCGAUUCACAGGUUAAUGACUCACUGGACAAUCAAUGUGGUUGUAAAUGCAUUGACAAAACUGGACAAGGCAAAUGCGAAAUGAUAUGUGGUGUAGAGUAUUCCACUCGAGAUCAAGGAGUCUACUGUGCCAUCCCAAAUCCACAACCAUGGCCUCCUUUGUUGCUCAUUCCUCGCCCACAGGCUCGUGCUUUUGAUGCCAAUCUCACUGAUGGCUCGUGCAAACAAAGAGAGUCAUGCCCUGUAACUAUACUUUUCACUGGGAACAAUCAAUCCGUUGGAGAAACUUUAUCUGGAAAUCUUCUCAGGAGUUCUUUCACAUUUAACUCCUCUGACCUCUUGUUUACUUUAGCGAAUUAUGCUUUGGCUACAACAUAUAAGGGAAGUGCCACCAAUUAUCUUGAUGCAGGGAUUGUCUCUGAUCUUAGCAUAUACAACAUCCAACCUCGCUGUACUCCAAACUCUAGUUUUUCAUUCUCUAUCGGACAAUCACCUCUCAAUUUUACCAAAGAGAUGAGAUGCGUUCAAGGAUUGAAUCUUUGGAGAAAUAACUCGAGAGAGAUCAAUCAUGAGAUUUUCAGAGGUUAUGAGAAAGGAAAUUCUGAUGGAAUGGUAAAUGAGAUCGCUGCAGCAUACGAUCUCUUGGACACAGAUAGGACUCACUUCAAUGUUAAUAUCUGGUAUAACGCAACGUACAAGGGUGAUUCAGGUAAUAGGCGUAUAAAGUUGGUCCGAGUUCCUCGCACUGUCAACUUGGUCUCAAAUGCUUAUCUUCAGUAUAUGCAAGGCCCUGGGACGAAGAUAUUGUUUGAGUUUGUCAAAGAAAUGCCUAAACAAGAAACUAAACUUCGUUUAGACAUCGCUUCUCUAAUUGGUCCACUCUUCUUCACAUGGGUUAUUCUUCUUUUGCUACCUGUGAUCUUAACUUCGCUGGUGUUUGAGAAGCAGCAACGUCUAAGGAUUAUAAUGAAAAUGCAUGGGCUAGGAGAUGGUCCAUAUUGGAUGAUCUCCUAUGCCUAUUUUCUCGCCAUAUCCACUUUAUACAUUAUAUGCUUGAUGAUAUUUGGAUCAGCAAUAGGAGGCUGGAUUUUUGUCUUCGAGCUGUAUCCCGGAUUCUCUUUAAUACGUGGGUUGUACGAGCUUUCGCAGUAUGCUUUUGAGGGGAACUUGAACGGGAAAGAUGGCAUGAAGUGGAAAGAUUUCAGUGAUAGUUCAAUGGAUGAAGUUUUCUCCAUCAUAAUCUUUGAGUGGUUUGUCUCACUCAUUGCAGCAUACUACAUUGAUAAGCUAUCUUCAUCUGGAAAGGACCCUUUGUUUUUCUUGAAAUACCCUUUCAAGAAAUCUCUUUCUCCACAAAGACAGGUAUCUGCAGUUUCCGUAGAAAUGGAGAAACUAGAUGUCACUGAGGAGAGUGAAAAAGUUGAGAAACUGAUGCUUGAGCAGAGCACAAGCCAUUCGAUUGUAUGUCACAACUUGAAGAAGGUGUAUCCAGGUAGGGAUGGAAACCGGCAAAAAAUGGCAGUUUGUGGGUUAUCUAUCGCCGUUCCUUCAGGAGAAUGCUUUGGCAUGUUAGGGCCCAAUGGUGCUGGCAAGACCUCUUUCAUUAACACGAUGAUUGGGCUUGUGAAACCAACAUCAGGGUCAGCGUUUGUUCAAGGUUUGGACAUAUGCAAGAAUAUGAACAGAGUAUACAGCAGCAUGGGUGUUUGUCCACAGCACGACUUGCUCUGGGAAACACUGACAGGAAGGGAACAUCUUCUCUUUUACGGAAGACUUAAGAAUCUUAAAGGCUCUGAUCUCAACCAAGCUGUAGAAGAGUCUCUUAAGAGUGUAAACCUAUUUCACGGAGGAGUUGCUGAUAAACCUACAGGAAAAUACAGCGGAGGUAUGAAAAGGCGGUUAAGCGUAGCCAUUGCACUUAUUGGGAGUCCUAAGGUGGUUUAUAUGGAUGAGCCGAGCACUGGACUUGAUCCAGCUUCAAGAAUGAACUUAUGGACGGUCAUCAAACGUGCUAAAAAACACUCUGCGAUAAUCCUCACUACUCACUCAAUGGAAGAGGCAGAGUUUCUCUGUGAUCGGUUGGGAAUUUUUGUAGAUGGAAGGCUACAAUGCAUAGGGAACCCAAAAGAGCUAAAGAAACAGUAUGGUGGAUUUUAUGUGUUAACGAUGACAACAUCAUCAGAACAUGAGCAAGAUGUGGAGAUGUUGGUGCAAGAUGUUUUUCCAAACGCCAAGAAGAUAUAUCACAUCGCAGGGACACAGAAGUUUGAGAUCCCAAAGGAGGAAGUUCGGAUCUCAGAAGUGUUUCAGGCGGUGGAGAAUGUGAAGAGCAAUUUCGAGGUGUUUGCUUGGGGACUAGCGGACACAACACUUGAAGACGUAUUCAUUAAGGUUGCUAAAACUGCUCAGGCCUUUAAUGUCUUCUCUUGA